UCACACAGUAAGGUUAAGUGCACACGCGUUUUAAUAUUAUAGUAUACAAAAAAAAAGUCUCAAAGUGUUAAGCAUAAUGGGUAUUGAAUCUAAACAUUUAUUAGAUUUAAGUGUUGAAGACUUGCAUAAAUUUCUAGAUUCCUUCGACCAUGUCCUCUCCGAUUGCGAUGGUGUUAUAUGGACUCAAGAUUCUUUGCCGCGAGUCGGAGAGUUCUUUAAACAGAUGAAGAAACGCGGGAAGACAGUAAAUUUCGUUUCCAAUAACAGCCUUCGAUCCAGAGCAAAUUAUGAAGCUCAAUUCAAAGCAGCCAGCAUCGACAACGGCUUUGAGAGCCUGAUCAUUCCAUCUAUCGCAGUGGCAGAGUACCUUAAAUCAGUUACAUUCAAUAAAACUGUUUACUGUGUAACCUGUACUGAGACCAAAAGAGUCUUAGAAGCUCACGGAUUCAAAUGCAAGGAAGGUCCAGAUCUAGGGCCGGAGUACUAUGGCGAAUACAUCCAGUAUUUAGAAGACGAUGAAGAGAUAGGAGCCGUCGUUUUUGACAGCGACUUUAAGAUAAACUUGCCGAAAAUGUACCGAGCCAUAACCUACCUGAAAAGACCUGAGGUCCUCUUCAUAAAUGGGGCGACUGAUAGGAUGGUGCCCAUGAAAACUGGUCUUUUGGGUUUAGGGACGGGAGUUUUUACAGAUCUGGUUACGGUAGAAGUGAAACGAGAGCCCGUGCUGCUUGGGAAGCCAGGAAGGGUUUUCGGUGAAUUCGCUAUGAAGCGAGCCGGCAUCACCGAUCCCAGUCGAGUUCUUUUUAUCGGUGACAUGAUCGCCCAAGAUGUAUCUCUAGGGAAAGCAGUUGGUUUCAACACUUUAUUAGUUUUAACGAACACUACCAAAGAAGAAAUGUUGUCACACACAAUACGACCAGAUUACUACGCGGCGUCUCUUGGUAGUAUUGUGCCUCUAAUUCAGUAAAUUGUUUAAGUUAUUAGGAAAAAAUGAUUUAACUAGUAGGACAAAUACAUUUCCCUUCUAGCUGUGAAGAAUAUGUAUUUGUGAAACUAAGCUAAAUCUCGAAAUUAAUCGUUCUGUGUACUUAUCUACUAAUCAGACGUCGAAUGUUCAUUCAUAAUAUAUCAAUUAUUUUAAUCUUUUUGAGAGGGUACUCAGGUCAUAGGUAGGCAGCGGCUUGGCUUUGCCCCUAGCAUUGCUAAAGUCCAUGGGCGACGGUAACCACUCACCAUCAGGCGGGCCGUAUGUUCGUCUGCCUACAAAGGCAAUAAAAAAAGAGGGUACCUGUAGAUAAAGUCAAUGACACCACCGACCUUGAGAUAUGAAGUCGGGGUAUUUUUUUUUGCAUAUAGAUUUUCCUUUUGCAUUGUAACGUAUAGCUACUGUGACAGAAAUAUGGAGACUAAAGUUAUCUACCCUUGAUCCCUCCAUCGACCAAUCACAAGCUACUCGUGUUUGCUUUAGAUUUAUUUUUAUUGUAUGUACGUGAUGCCUAUGAGAUAAUUUAUUUAGUGCAAGUGAUUUUGUAGCAUUUAUUGCAUUGUAGAUAAGGAUCAAACUACUCAAAGUUUAAUUUAUUCUGUGAUUCGUUUUGUUUGUUUUUUUUUCAUAUCUUCCCAUAAAUUAGUUUUGCUCUUAACAUAAUAAUGAGUAGUUAAUCUUGCGGCUGUUUAAAUAAUUUCUUAUGAAUCAAUUGUGUAUCUUUAUAUUUUCAAAGUUAUAAUACAUUUCUUCAAAAAUAUUUUUUUUAAUAAUUCAAUGUGAUGUAACGAUGAUUUUUUUAUGUUCAUUAAAUUCGACCAUAGUCACUCAUAGAUUUAGAUUUAUUUAUGUAUCGGAUUGUCUUUUUUGUACAUCAUUGGCGUUUUCGAAAAAAAAUCCUAUACUUUCUAAAUAUAUUCAUAAAUACUUUUGAUAUACACAUGAACAAGCGUAAUUGACU